AUGUCUUCGAGGUUGCGUAAUCUUAAUCCGUAUGAAUUACAUAAGUAUCUAGUAAACGUUUAUUGUUUGACCGCUAAGGGUUCCACGUGUAUGUUGAGGCGGGACACUUCCAAAGAUAGAACGGACAUCGAUGUUAUAAGGGAUAACCACAAAUUUCUAUGGGAAGACGAUGAGGUCGCCGACACGUGGGAAAAGCAAUUGGCUAAGAAAUAUUACGAUAAACUGUUCAAAGAAUAUUGUAUAUGCGAUCUGAGCAUGUACAAGCAGAAUAAAGUCGCUCUAAGAUGGCGCGUUGAGAGUGAAGUAGUGCUAGGCAAGGGCCAGUUUCAGUGCGGAGCUAAAAGAUGCAAUAACGCCACCGAUUUAAAAUCAUGGGAAGUCAAUUUUGCUUAUAUCGAAGAAAACGUAAAGAAGAACGCGCUAGUUAAACUACGCCUAUGUCCAGAAUGCUCGGAUAAAUUGAAUUAUAGAUCUAAGAAACGGGAAGUUAAAAGAUUGAAACGUAAAAGUAAGAAGAAGAAGAAUAGGAAUGUUUCAGACGAAGAUUCAGAAGAUAAUGAAGAACAAGUGGAGAUUGAACCAGAAAUUGAAGAACCCUCGACUUCCCAAGAGACGAACCCUGGCAAUGAUGAGUCUUUGUGGAAGAAAGGAACCCAAGAAAACGAAGAAAAGACGAGAGAAGAAGAAUUUGAAGACUAUCUCUCUGAACUGUUGUUGUAA